AUGAUACCGCUCUACAACAGCAACAAGUCUCUCCCGGCCAAAGAAGAGGUGCUUCUGGAGUUCCUGAACCGGUCGACAGCACUCUGCAGCCACUUUGAGGAUGGUCGGUGGUUCUGCUACAUCCUCCUGGUUCUCUUUACUUUUGCCCUUCCUGUCGGGAUCCUGGGAAACAUCGCAGCUAUAAUCAACUAUUCCUGCUUCAGGAAAACCUCGAGCGCCAGCAAUAUUUUCCUGUUGAACCUGGCCCUAUGCGACUCCGCCUGGAUCCUCACGCUCCCCUUCACCGGCUACUUUACAUUUCAGAGGCCACACCUCAAAGACAUACAGAUAUUCUGCCAGUUCAAAAAGAUCUCCUUCAACAUCAACAUUUACGGAAGCAUCCUCUUUCUCACGCUCAUCAGUUUUGAUCGCUACGUCGGGACGGUGCACCCAAUCAGCUCUCUCCGCUGGUGGGAUGCGGGCAAAGCCAAACUGUGCUCAAUUUGCACAUGGGUCACAUUGGUCCUCACUUCAAUUCCUGACCUAUUUCUAACUUUUGCUAUUCACAGGGAAGAGAACAUCGCGAUGUGCAUGGACCACAUCCAGGGCCCUUUUAUCUAUGUCAAGACAAUCACCAUUAUCAGAACCAUCAUUGGCUUCCUGCUUCCAUUCAGCGUCAUGUUGGCCUGUUACAUAAAGACAGUUUCUGUUUUGAGGGGUCUCCCAAGAGGUAGAAGGCACAGAGGAGCCCAGCGUUCCGGAGGGAAGCCCCUUCGGCUCAUAACUGCCGCCAUACUCGUCUUUGCCGUAUCUUUCCUGCCCUACCACGUUAUGAUAGUCACCCUGGUGUUCAUGAGGAUCAAUAACCAGGUAACACCGUCUAAUACCAACAUCCUGUAUGCCUCCUAUGAGUUCUUUGAGGCCAUAUGCAGUGUAAGCAGCUGCCUGGACCCGGUGCUGUACAUUAUGGCUAGUGAGCAGUUCCAGAGGAAGCUGCUGGCCUUAAAAAGGAACCAAUACAGGAAGCUGUGCUGCAGAGCCAACAGGAGGGUCGGGGUAAUUGGGUGA